CGUUUCGCUCUCGCGGUUCCUCGGGGCUCUCGAAGAAGACGAGCCGCCCGGGCGCGCACCCGCGCGCUUCUUCCACCGGCUCUCGCUCCCACCAUCUGCCGAUCCGUCUCUCUUUCUGUCAUUCAUACUUUCUCGCGGUCUCUCCUUCCGUCGCUUUCCUCUAUUACGUCCUCGAGACCGCCUUUCGUAAUCGCGGUAGUUGUCGCCCGCUAUCCACCCGGCUACACCCAGCUUUCCGCGAGUCGAGAAGAUCAGCGGCUGUUCUCAGUAGCUUAGAAUACCCCGUGAGGGCCUAACGCUAACUAGGAAGCAACCGGCGAGCGAGCGAGCGGCUGAGCGAGCGUAACGUCUCGCGCGUGUGCAUGCGAUGCAUCGAUGUGCCCGGGUGCGUACGUGUGCGCGUAUCAUCGUGCCGGUACGAGACAAGGCGCUGCCUCAUUCCCGUCGCUGUUAUCGUCGACUCGCCACCGUUCUCUGACCACCCCGUCGGUGACCAACCGUGCGCGGCGACGACGCGGGGACCAACCCUCGCAUGGCUGCCGCAUCGUGCGCGUCGUCGGUCGCUCGUCAUCGUCUAGGAGACGCUACGGAGCCGGCAGCAGCAAGGAGGUACGGCGACGUCGCGAGUGAGAGCGAGUUUCAACCCUGCCCACCAAGUGUUUACAACGUUGCUCGAUGUCUCGUAGAUGCCAGCGAGACUCGGAACGAACGGCGAACGGCGCUAAAUCUUCCUCGGGAUAAUGUGCGGACUGGCAGUUCGUGACUUUGUCGCAUGUGAAGUAAAUGAUAUACCUCAUGCGACGGGAAGGGGACGUGGAAGGAAGCGCGUGAUGUAACGACUGUCCUGAAAUAAUUCAACGUACAAUACGAAAGGAAGUCGUUGCCUUUAUCUACCCUUCUUCGAGCGAUACGGCGGAGUGCCGCGAUGCCAGGAGACCAGCGACUCCUACGAGACACGCCCGAGUUCUGAGGGAGCACGGUGGGAUAUCGCUGAUGCUCGCGUGAAGUCACUGAGCGAGAGAGUCUUCGGCUGAGAAUAUGGAGGACAUAAAGGUGCCGAACCUGGGGCAGGCCGCGUGCUCCAUGGCGACGAACUUCCUGGCGCCGGUGAAGACCGAGCGCCAGAUCUACGAGAACUCGAUGCUCGAGGAUGAUCCCAAUGCCAACUCGGUGGUGCCGACCUCGCAGGAGGACAGGACCGUGCCUAGGUGGGGCCCGAAUCACAAAGGUGCUCAGGAGCUCGCGAAUCUGUAUAGUACUGGAAAGAGAACUCAGGAAUGCAUCUGCGUGGGCAUUUGCAUCACUCUAAUAGCCGUGAACUCGUUGUUCGUGCUUGUUAAAUUGCGACUGGAAAAUUUGAGCUCUAUAGCGAUAGCCGCAUUGUGCGGCAUCAUCACGGCCGACUUUGGCUCCGGCUUGGUUCACUGGGCCGCGGACACCUGGGGAUCCAUUGAGCUUCCGAUCCUAGGAAAGAAUUUUCUAAGACCAUUUCGCGAGCAUCACAUAGAUCCAACCAGCAUAACGAGACACGAUUUCAUAGAGACUAACGGCGAUAAUUUUAUGGUCGCGAUACCGGUCCUAUCGAAGCUCACGUGGGAUUUUCUGACGUUACCCGAGGUAGAGAUGCAGCGUAAGUUUGUUUGGACCUGCUACUGGUUCCUGCUCGCCAUUUUUGUGGCGAUGACUAACCAGAUACAUAAGUGGUCGCAUACGUAUUUCGGACUACCUGGCUGGGUCGUCUGGCUUCAGGAGCACAGGAUCGUCCUGCCGAGGAAGCAUCAUCGAGUGCACCAUGUCGCGCCUCACGAGACUUACUUUUGUAUUACCACGGGCUGGCUGAAUUGGCCCCUGGAGAAACUUCAGUUUUGGUACAUCCUGGAAGUGAUGAUCGAGAGGGUUACCGGUUGUAAGCCCAGAGCGGACGAUCUCAAGUGGGCGCAAAAGCGUUCUUGAGAAUUAAUAAUCGUCCUCCUUUCGCAACUGUACAUUUUACUCGAUCGAGACAUUUAACAUACAGCCAAACAUCGGGGACUGAAGAAACACGAACAUCAAAAUACGAGGUAGAAACUAAGUAAAAACGUUUGUACGGGCAAUAGUAAAAGGGCUCGUACGUGAAAUCCUUAACGAGGCAUCGAGCAUAUGUAUAAAAAGGGAAAAAAAAUAUGUAUAUAUAUAUUUUUUUUCUCUCUUAAAUUAGUACUACGAGGCCUUUUGUGAAGACAGAUAGCGUGUGUAAGGAUAAGUAGCUUACUCGGCGUGCUUUUAAAGUUUACACAUUUUUAAUACAUACGCGCAAUAAUACGUGUACAUAUAUAGAUACAUUACGAGUAAGGGACGGGCGUGAAUCGUGAGGGAUCACGCUUGCGAAAUUGCAAUUUGACAAUUCUGUCGACACCGCUGCAUUGGCAACGUCCUUGUACGUACAAUUGUCGCACAAUCAUCGCGCAUCGAUUGCACAAACUUGUUUUCUAAUCGCGAUCUACACAAUUCGAGGGAAGAGUGGUAUUACAGGCCAUGUACGGAGCGUGAUAAUAUAUAGAGGCUGAAGUAUCUCAUAUUUUCAAACGGUCAAAUACAAUUUUUCUACCGCGUGAUAAACGAACAAAUGAGAAGAAAUUAUAUAUUAACGUACGAUAGGUAUAUUUGUACAUGUGAUUUCUGCAUACACGUGCGUGUACGUGUAAGAUAAAGUGUAUAAACGAAUUUCGAAUCGGGUUUAUUGUAAUUCACAUUUAUUUAUUCACACACGUCGUCUAUGCAGAAUACAUACAUCGUCAACCUUUGAUGAGAAAACGCUUUCUUUACUUUUUUCGCUUGUUUUAUCUUUUACUUAGACGAAACCGAGAACUCCCUGAACCUCCUGAAGUAUUUGACAUUAGUCGACACACUUUUUGUAUACCCCUGGUGAAACUAGCGUUGCCAAUUUCAGGUUCUCGAUAUGCACCUUGAGCACAAUAUCUUAGUCGAGGUCAGCUCUCUUUUCUACGCACGAUACAAUUUAUCUGCACUUGAUGCGUGAUUCUUUUUCCCGUAAUUUGAGAAUUUGCUCAUAAAUUUUAUUCUUGCAAAAUUGGCAAUCUGGUCCCCGGGCUCACGUUCUUUCUAAGAAUACUAAUUUCGCUGCUGAAAGUUGGAGCUAAGAAUUGUACGAUAGUAUGUUAGAUGUGUGCCUCAUGUUUCUGUUCCAUUGUUACGUGUGACGAUCGUGCAGUAAUAAGAUCUUGCUAUGAGGCAUCGACGUCGCACACGUAACGCGCGGUGUGUAUGAGAACGAAUAACGUACCUAGGAAGUUACUCAUAGCUUUAAACGAAUCACGAUAUACAAAUGCGACUGAUGCGGUAGAGCUAGAAUUGCCUAAGAAGCCACGUGGAGAUUGUUGAAGACUAAUAUUUUUACACGAGGAUACGUAUUGAGAUCUCGCAUUAUGCGCGCACGUUUCGUUGCACCUCGCACACUGAUUACACUUCUUAGCUCUCGCAAUGUAUAAUCAAAAAUCUCGAGAUGCUGGAUUAAGAAAGGGAGAGGGCAUAAGUGCAAGUCGCAGGUUCAGGGACCAAAGACAAGACUUAUCGCUCUACGUAGUAAUCAUUCGAACGCUUAGUCUGAUUUUGAUUAAGUAUACUGCAACUUAUUUGUACAUACGUAUAUACGUAGCCAGCCAACAAUUUUGUGUAUAACAACUGCAGUUUUCGAUCACAAUCACGCUUUGCUCUUGGCUGACCGAAGCCAGUUGAUCCCGCGUCCCGCGUACGGUUUUCAGUAUACUUUAUGCAGAAUUCCGCUGUAUAAUCUAUGUUCCUCACAUGCAAGUCAGUAAUAAUGUCUUUUAAACGAAAUAAUAAUUGUAAGAAGUCGCAGUUAGAGUGUAAUUAUCUGUAAUCAUUGUUAUUGUCGUUGUUAUUGUUAUAAAAGGGAGACAAAGUAUAAAUUUUAAAUGACCGUGAUCCGGCAGGAAAACCGAAGAAUCCUGCCAGAUUCUGAGCUUCUUCGUUCUCAUUUACGACGCGGUCAGAACCAUCGCUAACCAUCGUUGUGAGACCAUCAAUUAUGCAGACGCAAGGAGAUAAAUCUAUUUAUAUCGAUAUAUUUAUUUAUUUAUUUAUUUACAUAAUUACGUAAAUUAUAGACAUGGGAUGUGAAAAGAACGGAGAGACUUUUUUGUUUCCUUCUCGAAUCCUUUCGUGCACGAAAUACUUUAAGGAUAAGGUAUAUAUGAUCGAAGUAACUUUCCGAGUGUCUCAACGGAGCCGAACUCGAAUUUUCAAAUUUUCGAAUUCGCUAACUGAGGAGUGUUUAUUAAUCCGACAAGGCCAGACAACGUUGCUGAUCGUGCAAAUACUGGGGACGUUCGUGAUGAGUGUUAUAAACAGUUCUGCGCGCAGCGCAGAUGAGACGAUGAUCGGAAGUUUGAUAAAAAUCUAUCGUAAAAGAUUGGCACGUUUACAUUCCAGAAAUCUGCGUUCGGAUCAGGAGCAGAGGGUCAAAAGACCGGAAGAGUUCAUCGUUCAAUUAGCAACGGUGCUGUACAUAAGCUUAUACGUAUGACGUGCGCUGCUACAACAACCGAACAAAUCUGCUGCUCGCUUGUUCCGACCUGUGACGCUCAAAUAUUAACUGUGUGGUCAACAAUAUUGAAGUGCAAUCUACGAUUCGAGUGCUCAGAUCAAACACUUAAGCCCUGUUAGAAAAAGGGAAGAGAUAAAGAUAAAGAUCUAAAGCAAGCAAAGGUAACUUCAUGCAGCACAGAAGCUUAGCAACGUUGCAGCGACGCUACUGCAAGCUUCUAUGCGGUGUGGGUGUGCACUACUGUAUUGUAAUCUGUUCAUUCAUGCACUGCGACGCGUAUUCUGUGUAAAGAACGAACUGCGUUUCGCUUAGGCAUAGCUCUCGUAAGAUAAGAACAAAGAUAAGACGGAGCGUAAGUAGAAUAAUUAGAUAAUGCGCCGAAAAAAUGAGAGGGAGGAAUGUAUUGAAUGUAAUAUAAGGAAUUUGUAUAGUUAUAAGCAACCAGUGCAGUAGUGCGGUAAUAUUAAGUCCAGGCGAGCAACGGUACGUCUGAUCUUGGAAUUUUUAAUGCGUAGUGGCGAAGCGCGUAAAAUGUGAAAGAGAGGCGGCAGGCAAGUCCGUAUGUAUUCUAAAUAUUUUGUAUAUCCGAGGAUCUUUAUAUGUUACCGCGCGCGCGCGCGAUACGACGCAUAUGUAGAGAAUAAUCGAAGGAAAAAAAUGCCAAGAAAUGAAGCCAUACUGCUAUUUUCAUACGAUCAUUAUCGUGCUCCUCGCAGUCGCAUUAUACUGCUUGCUCCAGGAAGCUUAUGCUCAAUGCGCUUCAGCACUUGACGUUCUUCGCUUAGUCCACGCUUCGUCUUUUAUGUUGUAGGUAAUUGAAAAUCGUUUCCUGUCAAAAAAAAGUGAGACAUAUUCAAUGAUCUCGGCACGUGGAAGCUCCAGAGGUUUCAAUGUAUAUAAUAUUAUUGAUCUCUCACAUGAUCCGAGCUUUCCUUUCUUCAUGUUAUUGAAAUUAGAAACACGUACAAGCGUUUCAUCAGAGUCUCGGCACGUGGAAGCUCCAAAGGUUUCAAUGUAUAUAAUAUUAUUGAUCUCUCACAUGAUCCGAGCUUUCCUUUCUUCAUGUUAUUGAAAUUAGAAACACGUACACGCGUUUCGUCAGAGUCUCGGCACAAUUAUGUAGACGAUAAGAGCCUGAUUAUAGCCUGGAGCGCAAUCUUCAUGCACUUGCUGCUGCUGCUGAAAGUACAAAGAGAGUAAAAGACGAGCUGAUCGCUUCUGGCUUGUGCGUAUCGCGACAUACCUUCUAUUCAUGUAACGUUCUGCAUGUGUUACCUAUGCGCGUAUGUAUCCUUUUAUAACAACUAACACACAUGCUGUGAUCAACGUGAAAUAAUAAUGACAUAACGACACUACUGUGAUGCACAAAUGUGACCAUGAAUUUCUGAAUUAUAAACGUCGACCAUUUUAGUACUGGGACAUAUGUAUUGUACAAUAAUCGUGUGACGAACCGGGAAGCGCGAGGACAGUGCGUCGCAUAGGAAACGAGUGCAUAGUGAAGAAUAAACUGAAGACAUAAAUGUAAAUCAAUAAAUACGCGGACUGCC